GCCCAUUGCGCCAUUUCCGCCUUCUCAGUUGAGUAACAAAAUUCGAGGAAGAACCAAGGAUCGCCCUCUCGAAAGUAUUUGGCUAUAAAUUAUUGAAAUUACAAUAUUUUUUUGUACUUGGCGAAAACUAUCAUAACGUGGUACGUUUUGAAGACUGGUUUCUCGAUUCAUCUCGUUUUUAUCAACGUUAUUUGGACGACAUAUUAGAAAGGUUUCGAGCUACAUUUGACCCGGGGCAGAAAAGAAAAGGUGCAAGGGAGAAGAGACACGCUCUAAAAUGGCCCAUGCUCGUCAGCACGACGGUAUCAGUGUAAUCUUUGACCAGAACGGUCUUGACUCAUCUUGCAGUCGCUCCCGCUCAGGAUCCAGAAGCAGCAAAUGCAGCAGCCACUCCUCUGGCUCUGGCCGCUACAGAAGACGUGACAGUCACAGGGGCCGCUACAGGUCUUCAUCAUCCUCUUCAUCGUCUUCAUCUAGGAGCAGGUCCUCCUCUCGCUCUAGGUCCCGUUCUUACCCUCGUUGCCACAGGCGUUCCCCCCGCUGUCGCUGUGACAGCCGUCGCACAUCUGGUCAUGGCCGCCCGCUCCCCACCACACCGCUACAGGGCCCGCUCUCGCUCCUACAGCCGCUCACCCUCCCCAGACAGGUAUUCUUAUCGCAGGCACUCCAGGUCUCCCAGCUACUGGAGCAGGCACCGUGGGUCUGUGAACCGGUUCAGAUGCAGGUUUCCUCCAUCUCCAGUCAGAGCCUACAGGAGCCGCUCCAGGUCCAGAUCUACAGGACACUCUCUCGGUUUGAGUUUGGAUGGUAAAAGAGAACUCAAAACUGCAAAGGCCAAUGCCAUGAAGAUGCUUGGAGUGGAGAACCUGGAACUUCCUGAGAGUGCGAAACCAAUCCUGUUGGAGGCAUCAGAGUCCAAAUGGGCGCCACCAGAGCCACGGACAAGGGUGAGACGAGAUCCUGAAAAGACUCCCUCACAGAGUGAUGGUGUGGAGCCUGAUUAUGUGACCAGCGCAAAGAUGUCCCCCAAAAGGAAAAUUGCUUUCAGCAUGAAUAACUCUGUGGCUAAACCAACCGUGGUGUCUUCACUGAGUGCUAAAAUAACUCCCAGAGUGGACAGCCAUGAAAGCAGGAAACCCUAUGGCCACUGGAUUCCAGUGAAAUCGGUCCCAAACUCCAACACACGCUGACACAUACUUGGCAUUUUAACUCUACUGUGGGAGAGUAUAUGGACACUAAAUCAUUUGUACAUAACACUGAUUUCAUGGUCAACAUUUUCUUUCAGAUGUUAUCAAGUUAAGUGGCAAGGAGUGAAGAUUUCCUUCCAGGUGGGAUAGUUUUAUUCCAUUCAUUGUGUAUUGUGCUGUUUAUAAAAUCAAUAAAGACUUAUUCAUAAAA